AUGGAGUUAACGAAGAUUAUGAGAGCGUGGGAAUAACUAUUUAAUUCGAGAGUGAAAGAGAUUGGGUUUUUUUCCUCUUCUUGAUUCUGAUUAUAUCCAAAUCCUCCACAAUUCGAAGCCUCCACGGAGGAGGAGGAGAAGGAGGUGGAGGAUUCAAAGCAUUACAAGGUUUCCAGAACCUCAUUGCUUACAGAAAGCGAAGAAAAAACCGAAUUCGCCAUCAAUUUUUUUGACCCUUUUGAAUCUUGUUGUUGGGGGGUUGUUUUGAUUGGAAGUAAGGCUUAAAUUAAAUUUUGAGGUCUUUAUUUUGGUGGGGUUUUUAGAAAAAUGAAUGUGGUUGGCAAAGUUGGAAGCUUGAUAACCCAAGGUGUGUACUCAGUUGCUACCCCUUUUCAUCCUUUUGGUGGGGCUGUUGAUGUCAUUGUUGUUCAGCAGCCGGAUGGGACAUUUCGAAGCACGCCAUGGUAUGUUCGCUUUGGUAAGUUUCAGGGUGUUCUCAAAGGUGCUGAAAAAGUUGUUAGAAUAAAUGUUAAUGGCGUCGAAGCCAACUUCCAUAUGUAUCUUGAUAAUUCCGGGGAGGCUUAUUUUGUGAAGGAGGUGGAUGAUGAAAAGGGGGUAGAGUCGAUUCAGGAUUCUAGUAAGAAUGAUAUUAGUUAUUUGAGUAAUGGUCAUAGACUUGAUCAUAGCAUCUCUGACUCCGGAGUGCUUCUGUUGAAAGAUGAAGGUGAUUCGUCAGUUCUGCCUCGAAUUCAAAGGACAGAGUCUGAUGGGAGAUAUUAUGAGUUCCAAGACGAUCGAUCUUCGUUUGAUGAUUUUGAGUCUAAUUCUUAUGAGAGUCUAGAGGGAGAAAAUGUUGUGGACUCACAGGGUAACCCGGAGAUGGUCUUGGUGAGUGUCGAUGGUCAUAUAUUGACGGCUCCUAUCUCAGAAUCAGAGCAGAAUGAGGAGAAUGUGCAGUUAAGAAAUCCUCAAUUUCAUCUGGGACCAGGUGAAGAGACAGACAUAUGUGAAGGCGAUGGAGAGUUUAUUUCAGGUGAAAAUGCUUGGGCUGCUGAUUAUCUUAGUAAGUUGGAUGCUCCAACAGCUGAUGUCCAAGUCCAACCCAGACACUGUGACACUAAUGGUGACGAUAAUAAUUCUAGACCCCCACUUGAAGUUUGUCAACUAGAGGAGGUAAAUAUUUGUAAAGAACAGCAAACUUUGGAGAUAAAAUAUCAAGAAGAUCUUAACGUGAAAGCUGAUUCAGAAGGGGUUGCAUCUGGUAUCAAGAGGGAGAAUGUUUUUAAAAGCUGUUUGGAGCUACAAGAAUUUGCUCAGCAGGCUGGAAAUGCUGAUUCACAAGAUGCAGGUUCAUCGUUGGAAGUUCAAAACUCAGCCGAGGAAUCUAAUGCAAGUUGUCCAGUAGUUGAUGAAAAUGAACAAGAGAGCGACGCACAACCUAAAAACAUUGUUGAGUUAUCUCCCUCCAGUGUUUCCCCUUCUUCCGAAAGCCAUAGAUCUCCAAAUUCAGAAUUGGGACUUCAAGAGGUUGAGAAAAAUGCAUCACUGGAACUUGAAACUGCUUCUGGCUCUCCUCCUGUUACUGUUGAUACUGAAUGCAAUGAUGAACUAGUUGUCAAGUCAGUAUCAAAUGACAGGGUAGAUGAGAGUCAACAAAUCGCGGCACUUGAAGAUACUAGUAACACACGUGAGGUAGUGGAACCUCAAACUGAAACUGCAAGUAAAGGUGAUCAAAGCCAUUCCGGUUUAGGAUUUGAGAUCUCACUUUGCGGUCAUGAACUUAAGGUGGGUAUGGGUUCAGUUGCUGCUGCUGAAGUGUUUGAAGCACAUCGGAUAUCGGCAGUGGACUUCACAAGUUCUGCACCAUCAAUAAUUAAGAAUCAAAAUCUUGUCAUCAAGUUUAAAGAUAAGUACUUGACAUGGGACAAGGCUGCUCCUAUAGUUCUUGGAUUGGCUGCAUUUGGUUUAGAUUUACCUGUUGAGCCCAAAGACACAAUUCCUAUGGAACAGGAUUAUGCAUUGAAGUCUAGGGAUGAUGAUCUUGGAUCGUCUUCGUCUGGACGCAGAUGGAGACUUUGGCCUAUUCCUUUUCGAAGGGUCAAGACAGUUGAGCACACUAAUAGCAACUCAUCAAAUGAGGAGGUAUUUCUUGAUUCAGAGUGUGCAUCUUUUAUAGAGCCAAGUCCGACAUCCAGUACCCCGGGAUCUCCUCAUAAGCAAUUUAUAAGGACAAAUGUUCCAACCAAUGAACAGAUAGCAUCCUUGAAUCUUAAAGAUGGUCAAAAUUUGGUAACCUUCAGUUUCUGUACGAGGGUUCUUGGAACACAGCAGGUUGAUGCCCAUAUAUACUUAUGGAAGUGGAAUGCAAGAAUCGUAAUUUCAGAUGUUGAUGGAACUAUUACAAAGUCUGAUGUUUUGGGCCAGUUCAUGCCCUUAGUUGGCAAAGAUUGGACACAAUCUGGAGUGGCGAGGCUUUUCUCUGGCAUUAAGGAAAAUGGAUACCAGCUGCUCUUUCUGAGUGCCCGUGCAAUUGUCCAGGCAUAUCUAACCAGGAACUUCUUACUUAACCUCAAACAGGAUGGAAAAACCUUACCAAAUGGACCUGUUGUUAUUUCACCUGAUGGAUUAUUUCCUUCACUUUACCGAGAAGUGAUAAGAAGAGCACCUCACGAGUUCAAAAUUGCUUGUCUAGAGGAUAUCAAAAGACUUUUCCCUUCUGAUUAUAAUCCAUUCUAUGCGGGAUUUGGUAAUAGAGACACUGAUGAACUUAGUUACAGGAAGAUCGGAAUCCCAAAGGGAAAAAUAUUUAUUAUUAACCCUAAGGGUGAGGUGGCUAUUAGUCAACGAAUUGGUGCAAAGUCAUAUACAUCAUUACAUACCCUCGUCAAUGACAUGUUUCCACCUACUUCUUUGGUCGAGCAGGAGGACUACAACUCAUGGAAUUAUUGGAGAAUGCCAAUGGCAGAUAUUGACUAGAACAUUGGUUAAGAUAUUUAGUUCUCAUUGACAAGGAUGAGUUGGUAUGGAACCAUCCGAGAAGUUAACCAAAAGGCCAGAGAAUCCUCCUAGUUGACCCACUUCUGUGCCACAAUUGAUUGGAGAGUAUCCUGUACUGGAAUUCAUUGAUGAGCAUGUAAGUUCUCGAAGAACGCUAUUCAUUGUGAUGGCCAUCCCUUGUUUUUCUUCUUUUUCUGUCUACUUUAAAUCCUGAUUCAUUUUGAUCUAUCCAUCAAUAGAAUUGUAUAACAUUUAGCUUACAUGUUAAACUGUACUACACCUUGUAUAUUUUUCAUUUGGGACGACGAUCAGGGAAUAAUGGCACAGAUACAUGAUGAAGGAACUGUCCUUUUAUAUAGUUCUAAUUCAGGGUUGGGUGGAUGUGGUGCCUAACUAAUAAAGUAUGUAUUUCAUGCCA